UUGCUUCAAAUCUUGUGAAUCACGGCGUUGUCACCGGUCCAGUUUCACCCCGCCCGUUCGUUCGUCCGGUGUCUGUCGCAGAGUCGCUAUGGACGCACGUCACUUUGUUAAACUCCUCCAACUUGGAUUAACGGACGUUUAGUGUCGGCUUUCGCCUUAGACGCAACGGAAGAGACUCGCCGGACGCGGAGUGAUGAACAGCGACCCCGAAACAACGGAGUUUUAGCCGUUAUAUCGGUGAACCUCUAUCCGGACCCAAGACAAUGCUCAGACAUUUGUGGACGUGUUUUGUUGUUGUAUAGUUGUUUCAGUGAUGCUACUCGGCAAAACGUGAUUGUGUUACAUUGUAGCCAUUACGCUCGCGUUGGAAAGACAUAUUUGAAUGCUACAAACUUUUAACGGUAAAUAUUUGCUCCCUGUACGCCGCUGCGAGGAUCUACUGUUACCCGUGCUUUCAAUACAACUCCAGCCCGGGGCUCAGAAACUGGCCCACGACGAGACAUUUGUCUUUUAGGGAACAUAUGGGGUUUUACAAAUGACGGCUCAGCUUAAACAAAGGAGUCGGAAGCGUUAAAGGAAAUGUUUGAACUUUAAUAAAGGAGAUCCUUUGUUACAUGUGAUUGCACGCGGACAGAAUGGCGUCAUAUGUGGACAAUAGUUUUCGGCAUGCGAUCAUGAAGAAUCCUGCCGACAGGACGCAACAGGAUCUGCAGAUCGUGUACUCGUACCUCCAUGGCAUGGAAGCACUGUCCAACUUGAGGGAACACCAGCUCAGGUUGAUGUGUGAGACAGUUCGAUAUGAACAGCAUGAAGCUAAUGAGGUUUUAUACUAUCCUGAUGACAUUGGGACCUGCUGGUAUAUCCUCCUCUCUGGCUCAGUCUUUAUAAAGGAGUCUAUGUUUCUGCCCCGCAGCAGUUUUGGUAAGCGUUCUGCUGGUAGUUUGCGUCGUGGUUGUGAGUGUAUCGUCCUUGAGGCUUCAGAAAUGAUUGUGGUGGACUAUAUGGAUGACAACGAUGAGUAUUUCCAAAGACAAGCAUCUCAUCGGCAGUCAAGGAGAAGAUUCCGCAAAAUAAACCAGCGUGGAGAGCGACAGACUAUAAUCGAUACGGUCGAUCAUUAUCCAGUCAGCAAGCCUCCUCUGCCACCAGGAUAUCACUCGGAAUGCUCAAAAUCCCAGCUUCCUGCUGACUUCUCCAAGCUCCACCCCUCUGACAGUUGCCACUCCCAUAUGACCUCCAGCCAAUCACGUUCCAGCAUUGCCAGCGAUUCAGGAAGUAGCAGCCUAUCAGAUAUUUACCAGGCCACUGAGAGUGAAUGUGGAGACAUGGAUCUGAGUGGGCUUCCUGAAACAGCGGUGGACUCGGACGAGGAUGAUGAUGAUGAGGACGUAGGGAGGGGAACGGACCCUCUUAUGAGUCGAGAUAUCGUGAGAGACUGUCUGGAGAAAGAUCCUAUGGACCGUACAGAUGAUGACAUCGAACAGUUACUGGAGUUUGUGCAGCAGCUUCCGGCAUUUGCCAGUCUGAGUGUUUCGGUGCGGAGGGAACUCUGUGCCGUCAUGGUGUUUGCCGUCGUGGAGCGGGCCGGAACCAUCGUGCUCAACCACGGUGAAGAGCUGGACUCAUGGUCAGUCAUUCUGAAUGGAGCAGUAGAGGUGAUCUAUCCAGAUGGCAGCGGUGAGAGUGUGUGUAUGGGUGGAAGUUUUGGUGUCUCCCCUUCUAUGGAGAAACAGCUGAUGACUGGAGUCAUGAGGACCAAAGUGGACGAUUGUCAGUUUGUGUGUAUUGCCCAGCAGGACUACUGCUGCAUUCUUAAUCAGGUUGAGCAAAACACACAGCGAGUGGAAGAGGAAGGAGAAAUCGUCAUGGUAAAAGAACACAGAGAACUCGACCGGACAGGCACCCGCAAGGGACACAUUGUUGUCAAGGGUACUGCUGAAAGGCUGAUGCAGCACUUGGUGGAGGAUCAUUCAAUUGUCGACCCCACAUAUAUUGAGGACUUCCUGUUGACCUAUCGUACCUUCCUGCCUAGUCCUCUGAUUUUAGGACAGAGACUUCUGGACUGGUUUAAUGACCCCAGUUUACGGGACAAGGUGACCCGAGUUGUGUUAUUAUGGGUGAACAAUCAUUUCAGUGACUUUGAAGGAGAUCCUGAUAUGACCAGCUUUUUGGAGGAGUUCCAGAGCAAUCUGGAAAGAGAGAAAAUGACAGGUCAGUUGCGGUUGCUCAACAUAGCUUGUGCUGCUAAAGCCAAACCCAGAGUGAUUACUAUAAAUAGGCCUGCACGAGAGAUGCCCCUCCCCUUCACACUUAUUGGAGGAGCUGAACGAGGAACGCGCCUCUUUAUCAGCAGCGUGGAAGUUGGUAGCAAAGCAGAGGAAGCGGGGCUCAAACGUGGAGACCAGAUAUUAGAGGUGAAUGGGCAGACGUUUGAGAACGUGCAGUUGUCCAAAGCAACCGAAAUUCUCAAAAACAAUACACAGCUCUGUAUGAGUGUCAAAACCAACCUCCUGGUCUUCAAGGAGCUGGUGGCCAGAGUGGCAGAGGAAAGGAAAAACGGCGUUCCUCAUCUUCCAAAGAUUGGUGACGGAAAGAAAAAUAGCCGUUAUUCUGUACCUGAACUUGGGGCUGGUUCUGAUGUAAUAGGUCAAGAAAAGGUCAGCAAGAAGGUCAAAGCGCACACAAUGGGCGGCCGAAACAAACUCAUGAAGAUUCUAGACAAGACACGCAUGAGCAUCCUACCUCAGAAACCUUACAGUGACCUCGGGUUAGGGCAGACUCAGGAUGACAGCAUUGUGGGAUUACGCCAGAACAAACAGUCUCAGCCCACUAUGGCAGUCAGUGGAAAUCUCUCAUCCAGUAACCCUGACCUGGCCCAAGGCCAGCAACGCAUCAUUGACUACAGUACACAGCCACCAGAAUUGCAAGACCAGGUGCUGCGUGUUUUCAAGGCAGACCAACAGAGUCGUUACUUACUGAUCAAUAGGGACACCACAGCAAGAGAGGCAGCCAAUCAGGCAAUGCGAGAGUUUGGCUUAACGGCAAGUCCUGAAGCCUAUUCGCUGUGUGAGGUGUCAGUCACACAGGAGGGAGUUAUUAAACAGAGACGGCUACCUGAUCAACUUUCUAAACUGGCCGACAGGAUACAGCUGAGUGCCAGGUACUACCUGAAGAGCAACAUGGAGACAGAAACGCUGUGUUCGGAUGUGGAAGCACAGGAGAUGCAACGAGAAUCUGUGGUCCCUUUGUUGUCCUUGAGCUCCAUGGAGAUAGCCAAUCAGCUCUCAGCACGAAACUAUCUGCUUUUCUCUAGCAUUGAACCAACAGAUUACAUCAGUGACCUCUUUAAGCUUCAUCCACAAGAGCCUCCCACCAACCUGCGCAAUUUUGAGGGUCUUGUAAACCAGGAGACCUUCUGGGUGGCCACAGAGAUAGUACAGGAAACCAACCUGGCCAAAAGAGUGAAGAUCAUCAAGCACUUUAUAAAGAUUGCCCUUCACUGCCGUGACUGCAAGAACUUCAACUCCAUGUUUGCCAUAAUUAGUGGGUUCAAUUUAGCACCGGUCGCUCGGUUGAGAUCUACAUGGGAACGGUUGCCUGGAAAAUAUGAGAAGCUUCUUGCAGAAUUACAGGAUGUUUUUGACCCUUCUCGCAAUAUGGCCAAAUACCGCAACCUCCUCAACAAACACAACCUUCAGCCACCGGUCAUCCCUCUGUUUCCUGUCAUUAAGAAAGACCUCACCUUUCUUCAUGAGGGCAACAACUCCAAGGUGGACGGUCUGGUGAAUUUUGAGAAGUUGAGGAUGAUUGCCCGAGAGAUCAGACACGUGGUUCGAAUGGCUUCCAUCACCAUGGACCCUGCAUUGCUUUUUAAGACUAGGAAGAAAAAGUGGAGAAGUCUUGGGUCUCUAAGUCAGGUGAGCAGCUCUUCUCUCUCUGACAUUGGAACAAUGGGUGGGAAGAGGAAGGGGAGGCGGAGCUCCUUUCUCAGCGCUAAAAAACUCUAUGAGGUGGAGAUGAUGAGCAGACGCGUGCGGCAGUAUCUGGACACGCACUCACACGAGAGUGAUGAGGACAAACUCCAUGAACUCUCUUUGCAGUGUGAGCCUGCCAGCAGCUCAACAAUGAAGAACUCAGGUGAUAGGAGGCGAGUGGAUGUAUCUCCUGUCGGUCAAAGAAGCACCACUCCACAGCAAACUAAUGGAAAUCAUGGUCGCAAGAAAUCACUUAGCAAAGACCUACCACCAUUCGAAGAAGGGCGGGACAGACAGCGAAAGCCACCUGAGGACAGCCAGUCAAAUACUUCAUCUCUACUCUCCUCUCCACGUACCUCACCUCACAGCACACCGAGAAAAGCCCCACAGUUAGUGGUGAGUGAAGCAUCAGAUCAGCUGAGUUUGUUAAGCUCCUCCUCCUCUGAUCUCAUCAUGGUUGAUGACCACACCCAUACUCAGCCCCAUAUGCUUGCACACCCACUCAGCGCACGUAGAGCUGAACCUGACCAAAUAAGCCUGGGGUCCUACUCCUUGACUCAGGAUCAGUGUGACCGUGCAUCAUUGGAUGCAGCAGACAGUGGCCGUGGCAGUUGGACGUCCUGUUCCAGUGGUUCCCAUGACAACAUCCAAAGUAUUCCACCGCGUGUGGGUUAUUAUGACAAUCGCAGCUGGGAGACACUUUCAGAAGGGAUGGGACGUAGUCACGUGACAACACCUACUGGUUACUGGGCCGAUGAAUUGGAAGGAGACACAGGAACGAUAAAACGUAGAGGUGGGAAAGACGAGACUCCAAACGCAAGCAAGAAUACUCCAAAUCGGAGGGAUGGACGUUUUAGAGAGCCACCGCCCACACCACCUGGUUAUACUGCUCUGUCAUUGGCUGAGGCAGACAGCCACAGUCACGCACAUGGGCGACGCCCACCAGAUUACACAGCAGCUCUGCAGAGGUCUCGAUUCCUUAAAAGGUCAUGUGAUCCUCCUCCACUCCACCCAUCCAGUAGAUUGCCAGCAUACAACCACUGCCAGUCACCGCGACGAACACAACCGGAUGAAAAUGAGCAAAUAUCUGCGGUUUAAUAAGAGACACUUCACAUCUCUGUCCCAAAGUUUGACAACAUUCACAUGACAGUUGAUAUGCAAUUGUGGCCAUGGACUGAACUACAGCAGUGCAUUUUGGACCUUAAUGGAGAUCACUGUGAAUGAGGACAGGAGCAGAUAAAAUGUUGGCACUUUUAACAUAAGUUCUGCAAAACAAAGGCAAGAAGGAACAAACAAAGCUCACAGUCUCAUUCUAAGUAUAGCAUGAUGAGAGGUGUUGCACAUGAUGCAAUAUCAGUGUUACAAAACCAUAGAAACAGUAUUAUUUCAAUUAAAGUUUUAAUCUGCAAUGUUACUAUAGUACGUCACAUGUUUAAAAAAAAAAAAAAGUGUGUGUGUUGUACGUGUGAGAGGGAGUGUUGAAAUUAAUCACAGAGGGAGAUGUAGAUCUCUUUGGACACUUGAAGACAAAGAAAAGACUGAGCAGCUGCCUCUCACAAACCUCAAUCGUCUCAGACGUCUACUCUGUGCUGAUAUUAGUGUUUUUAUGUUACUCAUGAGUAUAUGGUCAUUUUAACAUGCCUGAUCGUGCUCCUAAAACUUUCCAAAUGUUCCCACAAGUUUCUGUUUGAAAAGAUUUUAUGUUUUGUAUUUUUAUUUAAUUUUAUCUGUCAGUACCAUUGUUUCUGACUAUCUGAGUGUAUAGCACAAAUCAUGAAUUGUUGCACAGAUUUUCAGAAGCAAGAGAUUGUAGUCAAAAAUAUAUAAAUUAUAGUUGUUACAUAGAUAAUAGGUGGUCAUAUUAUGGUCAGUAAAUGCUUACAACAGUGUAUUUUACUUAGAAUGUCAUGAGUUUGUGAUAGUUCAAAUGUAUCGCUUGUGUUUCUGCCCAGCCAAAUCUAUAAGAAUCACAUGUAUUUCUACGUCUUUU